UCCCAUUGUUCCGGUUCAACCUCAAUAAGGGACGUUAGCUUUACAAUCUUUAAAUUAAUGUUUUAAGCAGAAAGAUAACUUUUUUAGAAAUGAAUGAUGUGGAGGUUAUAAAAAGCGAUCAACCGCCUUUAUCUUUUGAAAUUGUUCCAGAAAGUAGUGAAGAGCUACAGAAACGCAUUAAAAUAGAGAAAAUUAUAUCAAAUUCUUUUAAUCAAAACAUUUCGCUCGAAGUUUUGAAAUUGUUGUCUAUAUCCUCGUUUGGACUGGUUAACGACAAUCUUAGAAGGAUUUUAUGGCCAUGUCUUGCUGGGGUUGAUGCAAGCAUGUUAGAACGAGUUCCAAGUUUGAAUGAGUUUCAAAAUCACCAUGAAUAUAAUCAGGUUGUAUUAGAUGUAAAUCGAUCUUUGAAAAGAUUUCCUCCAGGAAUACCGUAUAAGCAGCGCAUCGCACUUCAAGAUCAACUUACUGUUCUUAUUCUACGUGUAAUUAAGAAAUAUCCCAACUUACGCUAUUAUCAGGGCUAUCAUGACGUUGCAGUUACAUUUCUCCUAGUUGCCGGAGAAGAAGUCGCCUAUGCCAUAAUGGAUAAGCUGUCAACAACUCAUUUUUCGGAGUGUAUGCAAGAGACCAUGGAAGCUACACAAAAGCGAUUAAUGUUUAUAUGGCCAGUGAUCAAGUUUGAAAAUGCAGAGCUUUAUGAGUUUUUACAAUCUUCUUCAGUCGGUACUUUGUUCUCCUUACCAUGGUAUUUGACGUGGUUUGGACAUAGUUUAAAUUCAUAUAAAACUGUAGUAAGAUUAUAUGACUACUUUUUAGCAUCCCCGAUAUAUACACCUAUUUUUCUAACGGCUGCUAUAUUAUUACAUCGGUGCAAAGAGAUACUGGAAGAGGAUUGUGACAUGGCAGCUGUACAUUGUUUAAUAUCAAGGUUGCCUGAAGACUUACCAUUUGAAGAUCUCAUAAAAGCUUCUACUAAACUUUACGCUAAAUAUAGUUUAGAAUUUUUAGAAAAUGAAGUGGAAAAACUAAUGCAUCAAGAAAGAGAGCAGCGGUUAAUGGAAGAAAAAAUGCUUUUGGAAACGUCGCAAAAAAGAUUACCCGAUCAGUAAUCAAACCACCAAAUUUUGAUAUUAAUAGAUGGUUUUCUAAUAUAUUGACAUCUAAAAUCAGUUUUAUUGACGACAGCAAUUCACUUGUAGUUGGUGUUUGUGCAUAUUAUUACAAAAAUCAGUAUUUGGCUGCAGGUAUAAGCUGAGUUCCAAACCCUUGUAUUCAAUUUAAUAUAGGAUGCAUAUCGCAUUUUCAACCAAGUCGCCCAAUAUUAAUCUAUAUUUUAAAGUUUACUUUCUAGAUCGCGUUUUGAUUACUUUUUAUGUAAUAUAAUAUAAAUUAAAUAUUUAAUUUAUAAAUAAUAAAAAAGCUAAAUAGAGUGCGAUAUUCUCAAA